UCUCUGUGCCCCCCAGCGCAGCCAACGGUGAUGUCAAGCCCGUGGUCUCCACCACACCCCUGGUAGAUUUCCUGAUGCAGCUGGAGGAUUAUACCCCUACGAUCCCAGAUGCUGUUACAGGCUACUACCUCAACAGAGCUGGAUUUGAGGCCUCUGAUCCACGCAUAAUUCGUCUCAUCUCCCUGGCUGCCCAGAAGUUUAUUUCAGACAUUGCCAACGAUGCCCUACAACACUGCAAGAUGAAGGGCACAGCUUCCGGCAGCUCCCGCAACAAGAGUAAGGACAAGAAGUACACCCUGACCAUGGAGGACCUGAUGCCAGCACUUGCGGAGUAUGGCAUCAAUGUGAAGAAGCCACACUAUUUCACCUAGCACAGGGGAGCCUGCCCAUCCUGCGCUGUGAUGGGCAGGAGCUCUGCUCUAUUAAAGCGUUGAUGCUGGCUGGUG